CUGUUCGAAGAAAUUACCCUUUUGAUUGAAUUAUUAAAGGACUCCGAGAAUGGAUAUUUCUUUCAGCUCAUAGCCUAAGGUAUAGCAGAAACAGAAACUCCUUCAGCUACCAUAUUGAGAGAUUUGGCCAUUACAAUAGUAUACAAGCCCUCAGAAAGUAAACUAUGAUUUAUUCCCAUAUUGUUCCAAAAGUUAUUCGACCGUUUCUGCUUUAUGUUUUCCUCGCCCUCCUCUGCAAUCUGGCCUAUGCCGAACCCCCGUAUUACAAUUGUUCAGACACUAGUAAUAACUAUGCAGGUAAUUUUACAUUAUUUCAGAACAAUCUCCAAGAUGUCCUCCUUUCUUUAUCCUCGAAUGCUUCUGUUUCCAAAUUCUAUAAUACCUCCAAAGGAAAUGACCCAGAUGGAGUUUACAGUCUUUACAUGUGCUACGACUAUGUUCAAAUUGAAACCUGCCGGCAAUGCAUAACAACCGCUACACAAGACAUUUUGAACCGCUGUCCAAACGCAACUGAAGCAGUUGUCUGGGAGGAGGUAUGCCAGUUGCGCUUCUCCAACAAAAAUUUCUUUGGCCAAUUGAAUGUCACAGGAAACUAUGUUGGCCUGGAUAACAUGAAGAAUAUUCCGGAACCAGAACAGUUCAAAUCUGUUGUGAAGGAGACGUUGACUAAUCUUACUAAGAGGGCAGCUUCCAAUCUUUCAGCUAACAUGUAUGCUACUGGGGAAGUACCCUUUCAAGAUAUGACAAUAUAUGCUCUAGUACAGUGCACCAGAGACUUAUCCGCUGAUCAGUGUAAUUCAUGCCUUCAGAGGGCCAUAACAGAUGUUUUAACUUGCUGCUAUUUCUCUGUUGGUGCAAGACUUCCUAGUCUUAGUUGCUACUUGAGGUAUGAGCUAUAUAACUUUUAUGACGCAUCUGAAGCUCCCAGUUCAACUAAUGGGCAAGAAAGAAGCAGUGGAGGUAAAACAGGGAUGAUGGUAAUCCUUGCAGUUGCAUCAGCAUGCUUGGCGAUAGUACUUUUGGGUUCCUGUAUCUUUUGCCUUAUGAGGAGGAAAAAGGCUAAAAAAUGGGAAAGUGAAAUUAUUAGUCAAGAAGCAAAUAUUGUUGAUCAUUAUAUCUCAAACUUCCAACACACCAAUUUUCAAGGAAGAUAUGAUCCGAACGCUUAGGAAUCCCCUCAUAUUGAUUUGGCAUCUAUACUAGCAGCUACCAACAACUUAUCUGAUUCAAAUAAGCUUGGGGAAGGUGGUUUUGGCCCAGUUUACAAGGGUAUACUCAGUGAUGGAAACGAAGUAGCAGUUAAGAGGCUCUCUUACUGUUCGGAGCAGGGUUUAGAGGAAUUCACAAAUGAGGUUCUACUAAUAAUGAAGCUUCAACACAAAAAUCUUGUCAGGCUACUGGGGUUUUGCACACAGCGAGAAGAAAAGCUGCUAGUUUAUGAAUUCAUGCCCAACAACAGCCUGGAUGUCUCUCUCUUUGAUCCAAGGAGACGUGCACAACUUAAUUGGACCAGACGACUUAAUAUAAUAAGUGGAAUUGCACGAGGAAUUCUUUAUCUUCACGAGGAUUCUCGACUUAGAAUCAUUCAUAGAGAUUUAAAAGCUAGCAAUGUAUUAUUGGACUACGACAUGAAUCCUAAGAUCUCAGACUUUGGAAUGGCAAGGAUCUUUACAGGAAGCGAAGAUAAAGCUAAUACUGCUAAAAUAGUUGG